AUGUCCCAAGAAAUUCUUGCUCUUGCAAGAAAUAAAACAUACACUGUUGUUCCCCUACCAGAAGGAAAAGAACUGAUAUGUUGCAAGUGGAUUCUUAGAAUAAAAGAAAAUCUUGAUGGCUCGGUUGACAGGUGCAAAGCAAGGUUGGUUGCCAAAGAUUUUCACCAACAAACUAGAUUUGAUUAUACUGAGACUUUUAGUCCUGUUGUGAAGCCAAUCACAAUAAGAAUUGUUCUGACAUUGGCUAUUUCAAAAGGAUGGAUUGUUAGACAAUUGGAUGUCAACAAUGCAUUUCUAAAUGGAGAGUUACAUGAGGAGGUCUACAUGACACAACCUCCUGUGUAUGUUGAUGACAUUCUUGUCACUGGAAGUGACCCCAAGUCAGUAGCAUCUCUUAUCAUCUCUCUUAAUAAUACAUUUUCUCUUAAAGACCUUGGAAAACUCAAAUAUUUUUUUGGCAUCGAAGUUGCCAAAACAAACAGUGGCCUUUUUCUCUCUCAAGCAAAAUAUGCCAAAGAUCUUCUAGUCAAGGCUGAUAUGCAAGAUGCUAAACCUAUCUCGACACCAAUGGUUAAUGGACAAAAACUCUCUGCUUAUGGCAGUGAAGUUUUUCCCAAUCCACAUAUGUAUAGGUCAAUUGUUGGGGCAUUACAAUACCUCACAAUCACUAGACUUGAACUCUCCUACAGUGUAAACAAAGUUUGUCAGUACAUGCAACAACCUCUUCAAACUCAUUGGCUUGUUGUCAAAAGAAUACUUCGAUAUGUGGCUGGCACUACUCACUAUGGUCUUCAUCUCAUGAAGCCCUCACACUUUGAAGUUAAGGCAUUUUGUGAUGCUAAUUGGGCCUCUGAUACAGAUGACAGAAGAUCUACUUCUGGUUUUGCCAUCUUUUUUGGCCAAAAUCUCAUUGCUUGGAAGAAUCAAAAACAACACACCAUCUCUCGAUCAAGCACUGCGGCAGAAUACAAGAGUUUAGCCAAUGUUGUUGCUGGCUUGCUUGGUUACAAUCUUUGUUUUUUGAGCUACACAUUCAACUCUCUCAGCCAUCAACAGUCUGGUAACCACCAGAUUGCUGUCAAGCAUGUUCCUGCUGUUGAUCAGUUGGCAAAUGAUUUUACCAAGGCUAUUUCCAGUCAGAACUUCUCUGCUUUUCGAUCCAAACUCAACAUUGUUGAUUCUACCAAUGCUCAGUUUGCGGGGGAGUGUUAA